AUGUUGGUUGCACACCUCGCGAACCUCGUCGUUGUUGUGUACAAGGAUGGGCUGAUGGUGAGGAUUGGCAACGAGGGUGCUCUUCAGACGGUCCUGCGCCUCUCUGAGCUGUGGUGGUGCAUCCUGCGGGACAUUUGGGCAUUCCUACAUGCGAUAGACAGCUCCAGAGAUAUCACAGUUGGAGAAUGGAACCAACGAGACACAGGCGAAAAGGCGGUCCCUUAUUCAUUCUCCUACCGCCAGGUGGUUGAGCCCAUGGAGAGGAGCCUCGAUCUCCUACAUAUAGUCGUUGCUGCAGCAAUCGUGAUGCUGCUCUUGAGAGUGGAAAAUGGCGAUACAGUAGCGACGGGCAGCGAGUACACAGGGAGGGGCAUCGACCAAAGCCACGCCUUGUCGGGAUACGGGGGGGCUAGAAACCAUGGCGAGCGUAGAGUAUUAGUGUGGACUACGCGAUACCCUGAAAUGUUCUCCACUCUGAUCAUUACAGACUGUGGGCGUAACGCGCAACGCGUUCCCCUAAUUGUGUCCCUGAAGGCCACCACGUCUUUCCCCGCCAGCUCCUUAGACUUCGACGAGAAUCCUCAUCCAGUUGGCGACUCGUGGGCAGCAAAAGACACAUCCGCGUUGCAAGGCGUACUGGAACUAUCUCUUAUAGAACGCAUCUCGGAAGGCCGAAUCGGUGUCACAUACUCCGCCCGCGUCGUCUCGGUCUCUUACGACCACUCCUCUGUCGUCAAACCUCUUCCAGAGACCGUCUGUCUCAAAUUUGCGAAGAAGCAGCACUCUCGCAGCCUUGCACGCGAGGCUUGGUCUUACGAACAGCUUGCAUGUUGCCAGGGAACCUCCAUUCCUCGCUGCUACGGGUUCUUCAGCUCGACUUGCGACGAACAGGACAACACUCCGGAUGACUUCUUCCCCUGGAGCGAGCACAAGCAUCCACACAAUCCCGAAACACAAGACUCCUGCUUGACCCCCGUGUCCAUCGAUUCACAAGAUUGGCUUCCAGACGACAUACCCCUAGAGCACUACUGGGAUCACCGCGGUUUCAAGCACAAUUCGCCGUGGAAUACAUGGAAUUUCUCAGAAGAGAAUCCGACUAUCUCUGUUCUUGUGCUAGAGAAGCUAGGCGAAUGCUGCAGCGAGCACUAA